UGUGUUUAAUCUUUGACUGCGCUCAGCGCGGUUGGUCAACGAUGAUUGUCAGCUGUGAGUGUAAUCAUGUGAGGCUGCAAAGUGUAAACAUUUUAUUCUAGAUAACGAACGACAUAUAAAGGAAACGUGUUCGCUUUUCCCAACAUCACUUUCGGCAGAAAGGAUGGUUACUCAUCAUAGCGCGGAAGGCUAUGACGAUUUUUGUGGGUUGAUUAAGCGAUUGGAAGACUUAGGACAACCGAUAUAUGUUCUCUUUUCCGGCUCAAAGGAUUCUGACGGAAAGAGCUGGUGUCCAGAUUGUGUAGAAGCUGAACCUGUCAUCGAUAAGGUACUAAAGAGGUCAACAUUAGCCAUUCACUUUAUUCAUGUUGGUGUUGGUGAAAGAGCAAAGUGGAAGGAUCCAAACAGCCCAUUCAGGAAAGACUCUAGACUUCUGCUGACAGGUGUCCCAACUCUCCUGCGUUGGGGUGCACGGCAACGGCUGGUAGAAUCAGAAUGUGCUGAUGAACAAUUAAUUGAAAUGAUUUUGGAGUAAGAUAAAGAUGGAAAUUAAUUUUUUAUGAAAGCAUAUCACAAUAAUAAUCAGUAGAUCAAGCUGCUGUUGUACAUCAUUUGGAGAACUUUGCGCUAUGGGAAAGAUAAAUCAUUGUAUACCUGUUUUAAUGUACAAUUAAAAGAAAUUUGUUAAAA